GACGACGAUGUGAGCCUGGCUUCUGGUGGGAUUCUCUCCUCUCUCUCGCCCCUUUUAAUGCCAGCUAGCUUCCAUACUGCCCUCGGGGAAAUAAUAACAGUCUAAACUCUAAAGAGAACCCUAUCAGCUGAGUCUAAAAAGAAGGAAGAAGGGAAGAAAGGAAGAAAAGGGUGAGAGGUUAGAUUCUGGCCCCAAGGAGGGAAGAGGGAAUGUCGAAGGAGAGAGAUAGAGAGAAGGGGAUGGUGGGGAUUUGGCUUCUUUUGGUCUGCAUUUGGAUCUGGAAUGCGAGCUUUGUCAAUGGCGAUACGAAGUCAGAUGAUGUUUCUGCUCUCAAUGUCCUGUAUAGCAGCCUAAAUUCGCCAAGCCAGCUGACAGGUUGGACCUCAAAUGCUGGUGAUCCCUGUGGACAGUCAUGGUUGGGUGUUACAUGCUCUGGUCAAGCGGUUACAACAAUCAAACUGUCUGGCUUGGGACUUUCUGGUUCUUUGGGGUACCAGAUGUCAGGCAUGACUUCGCUAACAGAGCUUGACAUGAGCAAUAAUAAUCUUGGAGGUGGACAACAGAUACCUUAUAAUCUUCCUCCAAACCUCGAGAAACUAAAUCUUGCUGGAAAUCAGUUCACUGGAAAUGUACCUUAUUCUAUUUCUCAAAUGAUUCCACUAAAAUAUCUAAAUCUUAGCCAUAAUCAACUCCAGGGCAAUCUGAGUGACAUGUUUGGACAGCUUACAAAUCUCACCACAAUGGACCUCUCCUCCAAUGCUCUUACAGGUGACCUGCCACAGAGUUUUAGCUCCCUAUCAAGUUUGACUACCUUACACUUGCAAAACAACCAGUUUACAGGUUCCAUAGAUGUCCUUGCCAGUCUCCCUCUUAAUGAUUUGAAUGUUGCAAAUAAUCGCUUCACUGGAUGGAUUCCUGACAAGCUAAGGGGGAUAAACAAUCUUCAGACUGGUGGUAACUCAUGGAGCUCAGGGCCUGCACCUCCACCCCCACCAUAUACACCUCCUCCUCCAAGUCGACGAAGCAACCCUGGUCAGCGAUCUGGUGACAGUAGCAGCCCAUCAGGUGGCGGUGGAAAAAGUUCUGGUAUAGGUGCUGGGGGCAUAGCUGGAAUCAUUAUAUCUAUUUUUGUCAUAGGUGGAAUUAUUGCAUUUUUCUUGAUAAGAAAAAGAACACAAAGGUCUUCAAGGAAAGAAAUCCUCGAACAAGAUCAGCCUUUCACACCUCUUGCUCCAAAAGAGGUUAGAGAGAUGAAAUCUAUCCAAACAUCCUCUACAAUUGAUGCAGCAACGUUUCCAUCAUCUGCUCCAAUUAGCCUUAAACCUCCUCCUAUUGAUCGACACAAAUCAUUUGAUGAAGAUGAUUUCUCGAACAAGCCUGUUGUGAAGAAAGCAAAUACAGCACCCAUAAAAGCAACUGUGUAUUCAGUGGCUGAUCUGCAGAUGGCUACUGAUAGUUUUAGCAUAGAAAAUCUUAUUGGUGAGGGGUCUUUUGGACGUGUUUAUAGGGCACAAUUCAGCGAUGGAAAGGUUUUGGCUGUGAAAAAAAUAAAUUCUUCAGCCUUGCCAAACCAAUCAGCUGGAGACUUCAUUGAGCUGGUCUCCAAUAUCUCACGGUUACAUCAUCCAAAUUUGACUGAGCUGGUGGGAUACUGUUCUGAACAUGGACAGUACUUGCUGGUUUAUGAGUUUCACAAGAAUGGAUCGCUGCAUGAUCUCCUUCACCUCUCGGAUGAAUACAGCAAACCAUUGUCUUGGAGUACCAGGGUCAAGAUUGCACUCGGUGCCGCACGGGCAUUAGAGUAUCUGCAUGAGGUUUGUUCUCCAUCUGUUGUCCAUAAAAAUUUCAAGUCAUCAAAUAUUUUGUUGGACACGGAGCUCAAUCCUCACCUUUCAGAUUGUGGGCUCGCAAACCUCAUCCCUGAUGCGGAAUUUCAGGCAUCAGAUCAGAACAUGAGUUCUGGAUACGGUGCCCCUGAGGUUGCCAUGUCUGGCCAGUAUACUCUGAAGAGUGAUGUUUACAGUUUUGGAGUGGUCAUGCUGGAGCUUUUGACCGGACGGAUGCCUUUUGACAGCUCUAGAUCGCGAACUGAGCAGUCAUUGGUUCGAUGGGCAACCCCUCAGCUCCAUGACAUUGAUGCAUUGGACAGGAUGGUUGAUCCGGCCCUCAAGGGGCUAUACCCUGCAAAAUCACUCUCUCGAUUUGCUGAUGUGAUUGCGCUCUGUGUUCAGCCUGAGCCGGAGUUCAGACCACCGAUGUCAGAAGUUGUGCAGGCUUUAGUUCGUUUGGUGCAGAGAGCCAACAUGAGCAAGAGAAUGCUCGGUGGGGACAUGCAGGAGACUGCUCGACGAUCUGAUGAUCCAGACACGCAGGACUAUUUAUGAGGUGGGAGUUAGCUAGUAAGGUUGUGUCGAAUCUCCCAGAUGGUGUGGCAUAAUUGUAUUUCCAUGUAUCGAUACGCAUUUUUUUUCUUUCGCUGUGUUAUGGAAUAUUAUGGCUAAGAAACCCCACGUUUUAGAUGUCACAUGCUUUUCUUUUAUAUGGGGGAGUGGCCUAAUACAUAUCAACUUUUUGUUCCAAGCAGAAUUCUUCAGGUGGUACUGUGAAUAAGCAAAUGGUGUUUCUUAUCA